AUGAAACGAGUCUUUUAUGUGGAUUCCUUCGCCAUUCGACAAUUUCAAACAGGUUACAAGGGAGGUACUUUCAUUCCCAUGUCUUGGCAAGCCUUUGAAGAAUAUGUCAAUAAAGAAUUUUCAAGCGGCAAAUACACUUUAAAAGAUGGUUAUGCUCCUUUCUGUAAACACUUGUUUUUACCUCAAAAUUCCGAAUUUGCAGGAUGUAAGCAAAGUUUUCUUGAAAUUACCAAAGAAAAUGAACAUUUGAUCCGAACCGAAUAUCAACAACGAAAAGAAAGUGAAUUGCCUGUAUUGAGUCGAUUUUUCCCUCAAGAAUUAGUUUCCGAUCAAAUCCAACAAGCCAAAUAUUUGGAUAUUAUUUUGUAUUCCAAAGAGCAAAUAUUGAAAGAAGCAGAAGCCAUGAAUGAACCAAGUGAUUAUGAAAAGAGACUCGAGAUUGCAGAUUGUGAAUGGGGAAUUAUUUCAGUCAAAUCUCAAGAUGUGGAUUAUGAAUUGCCCAUGUCUCCAAUUACCAUGAUGCGAAAUGCAUUGGGUAAAGAGGAAGGAGGUUCAGGAGUGCCUUUGGAUCGAAACAAGUAUAUGGAAUCGGUCAAGUUUUGGAAGCAAUAUGCCAUCAUUGCCUAG